CCGCCAUGUUGGGCUGAGGCGAUGACAGGAGGCGGCCGGGGCGUGUGGGAUUGAGAAGUGGAGGAGGAGGAGGCGGAGAGUCAGGGCUCUGAAGGGGAGCUGUUCCCAAACUAAGGGAGGAGCCCCCGGAAGACGCCGCGGAAGGCAGCGAGGCGGAGGCGGCCGGAGCACGGACGCGAUGCAGCCCGACCGGCGCGGCUGCGCUGAGGCGCCCGCGGCCUGAGCCCCCCGGCGCUGCGCUCGGUUCGGCUCGGCCCGGUUCGGCUCGGCUCGGCGGCCGGCGAGGUCGAUGCCCUUGAGCGCGGCCCCGCGGCGCGCGCUGAGCUUCUCGGCGGCCCCGGCCGCGCUCAGCUCCGCGCUCGAUGUGUAGCCACAUAGUUAUCUGUACACUUCGUCGCCGGGGCUUUAAUGAGGACCUGAGUCGCGAGCGUGUGUGAAUCACCGCCUGGGCCGGGGAAAGAGGACGGCGCAUUUAACCCCCUCCCACCCCGCUCCAUGUCCGUGUGUCACUCGGCUCUGUCCACCUGGCGCGGCGGGUCCUGGAGCUGCUACUGCUGCUGACGAUCGAUCGACUCCCCUCGCGCCUCUCGCCCCAGAAGCUCUGUGCUCCCACGUAACUUCUACUUUUUUUUUUCUUUCUUUUUUGGAAAAAGCUCAGCACGAACCGAUCAGAAUUGUGAAGGUUUUCGAUUUUUUUUUCCCGUAGCUCCAGCACUUCUGCUCUUGUUUUUGUUUUGUUUUCUGCGUAAACCUCUGGCCCACUCUCAAAAGGCAAGAUGUCCAGUCAUGUCCCGGCGGAUAUGAUUAAUUUGCGCCUCAUCUUGGUGAGUGGAAAGACAAAAGAGUUCCUCUUCUCCCCAAACGACUCUGCCUCUGACAUCGCAAAGCACGUGUAUGACAACUGGCCCAUGGAUUGGGAAGAAGAGCAGGUCAGCAGCCCAAACAUUCUGCGACUCAUUUAUCAAGGCAGAUUUCUACACGGAAACGUCACCCUAGGAGCAUUAAAACUUCCUUUUGGCAAAACAACAGUGAUGCAUUUGGUGGCCAGAGAAACCCUGCCAGAGCCCAACUCACAAGGUCAGAGAAAUCGGGAGAAAACUGGUGAGAGCAACUGCUGUGUGAUCCUGUAACAUUGACAGCACAGGUGUGGCAGUCUGUUGACACUGCGGGGACAGAGGAGACUCAGCAGCUUCCAACACCUAUAGGACAGUCGCCUGCACAUCCGUGGGACUGAAUCACUCAUGGACUCUGUCAUCUCUUCUCACAAAGUAAAACGAACCAAGAACA